AUGGUCUCUUCAGUGCAACCACCCGCCCGGGGCUUCACCGCCGCAGCCUGGACCACCUUUUGCUGGCCUCCUUGUGGUGCUGGGCCUGGCUCGCCUUCGAGAGCAGUCGAAGCAGAUCCUGCAAAGGAGUUUGAGACGAGUUCGAGAAGCGAGAUCAGCGAGGUGGGAAUGAGGUCCAAAGACCGCAGAAAGAUAUCAAUCGAUUCUGAAGUGGCGGAUGGAUUGGUGCAGAUACUGUGCCAAGCGGUGACUCAAGGCUUACUUGAACGUUGGAGCGGACGAGUUUGCUUGGGACGAUCUCCCUGCCAUGAAAUCUUGAAGACUCUCUUAAAACAAUUUUGCUACCAGAAGUGCGGCGAUCGAAGACCAUUUUUGGGCCUGUCUUGCGGGCGUUGUGCCAGCCAACGGGAGCAGCGAAACUAG